AUGGUUGUUAAUAUGACACGCUCGUGUCUUGUUGUUUAUAAUGAUCGUCGUAAGUUAGUUCGUUUACCAUCGUUAACCAAUGUCGAUGCAAUUUGUGCUGAGUUAUUAUCACCAUUUGGCUUAUCAUCAAAAGAUGUCUAUGUCAAUAUUAAAAUUGAUCAAGUAUCGAGAACAAAUGAUUUCCUUGACUAUUGUGAAUUUGAUUCAUUAGAUUUAUUACCUUCACCUUUGAACUGUAACAUAAUCUAUUUUCAAUUAACAAAAAAACUAAUACCUUCACGAACAUUUCAACAUACACAAACACAAACGGAUGUUGAAGAUAUUAAGAGUGGAUUUAUAAUUAAUGAUGAUCAACUAGAACAAGAAGAAGAUGAUGAUGAAAUAACUAUUAGAACAGAUGAAAGCCAAGAUUAUACACCUCAAACAGCAAUAGUACCAGUCACAACUCCAAAACGACAACACAGAAAACAUGAGGACAUAUCAACGGAAAAUCAAAUACCACUUAAGUAUUCAAGUGGUAUCAUAGAAUUGCCGACAUAUGGAGAUAGAAUUGAUCAAUUAAUUAGAACAGGUCAUCUUAGUGAAUGUGUGGAAGAUAUUCUAUUGAUUAGUCACGAAUAUUAUUCACAGCGAAAGUUUAAUACAAAAAAACACUAUGGUGAUUUUGAACAAGCAUUUUUACUUCGUUAUAAAUUACAUUCUAAAUUAGCUUCAUGUUCAACGUUGAAAUCUAUUCGCAAAUCAUUAUCAACGAAAAUGAGAAAUCAUCGAUAUUAUAAACAUCGAGCUAAUAGAAAAAGUCACAAUAAACAAAAUAAGUCAGAUCAAGAAUGGCUUGAACAGAUUGAACAAGACACAAAGCAGUAUAGACAAACAUUGCAAAAUCGUCUGGAAGAACUAAACCAUGAUGAAUAUUGUGAAUUGAGUAUUACUCGUGUUUCUGAAGCGAUUGAACAAUACAAACAGCAACUUGGAAUACCUGAUCAGGUUUCAGAGUUAACCGCCGUUGAAACAAUGAUCCGAACGUUAGAUAAUGAUGAAACAAAUCCAAUUAUUGUUCAUUUUAAGAGCGAAUAUGGAAGUUUAAUCGAUUAUGUUUCACAACGAAUAGUGACUUAUCCCACAUUGAUCGUGUUAGAUGAUGCCUAUCUGAUAUUAUGCUCAAAACAGCAGUCAUUAUUAUUCCAUUUACAAUCAAUUACUCUUAGUGAAAUUCUUUUAUACAUGUUGGCUGUCUACUAUGAUUCAUCAUACGAAUGUGAAUUUUUUGAUUUCAUUGAUUCGAUUGCGUAUCCAAAUAGAUCCAAGAAUCUUUCUUCUAAUGUUAAACAGUUGCACGAUUCAUUAUUGCGAUAUCCUUAUUACGUUGAAAAUGUCAAACACGAAUAA